AUGGCUUACCACGCUGCCUUCUCGGCCACUCUGAGCCCGAGUGCAACAGACGCAUCGCAACACAUCCUCUCGUCCUCGAUAUCCUCCCUUUCCUCGUCCACUUCGUCGCGUCACCCGCCCUCCAGUGUUUCUAAGACAUACCGGCAAGCGUCCACCUUGUUUUUGACGCGUCGCCUGCCAGAGGCUCUGUCAACAGUCCUUCCACUCGUCACCCCCAUCAACUCGGACAGUCCCAACGGUGCUCUAGAGCCAGCUCCUGUCGCCCGUGCCUCCCGGACAACGCGAACGAAAGUCUGGAGCUUGUACAUCACUAUUCUGAACGCCAUUGUUGAGCUCGAACCGGACGAGGGCAAAGAGGCUUUUGGCACCCAGGAAUGGCGCGCUCUCUGCACCAAGGUUAGGGACGGCGAGAUCUGGGAAGAGGUCGUCCAGAACGGCUACCACGGAGUCGAGGGAGACGUCGACUCCGAGGUCGUCAUUAACCUAAACCAAAAGCUAAAUCAGAAGCGGCUCGAGGCAUAUCUCGCCGCUUCCACUACGCCCAACCUGGAUAUCUCGGACAAGUUUGGCCCGGCAUCCUCCCGCCUCCCUCGCGUCCAGACUCGCUACCAAUCCCCGGCGAGGGCGACGAGCGGUGCGGAUACGCCAAGGGACCUGAAUGCGCGGGUCAAGAUUCUAGAACUAUACACGCUUCACGUCCUCAUCCGGAACAACGAGUGGGACUAUGCUCGUGAGUUCAUCAGCGUCAGCUCGGUGCUCGACGAGGAGCGGCGCGAGGCCUUCCUGCAGGCCCUGCAGAGCCUACAGGAGGAGCAAAUCGAGGCCGAGAAACGCGAGCGGGAAGAGAAGGAACGACAGGAGGAGCAGCUGCGCCUUGAUAUCGAGGAGGCACGACGGUUGCGUGCCGAGAACGAGGAGAGGGAACGGAAGCGGAUAGAAGAGGAGCGAGCGAGGCGGGAAGGGAGCGAAGUCGACUAUGGAAUCGACAAGGCCCCAAGUGCAAAUGGGUCGGCAAAAGGGCGGCAACAUGCGAAAAGACCGUCGACUGCGUCAUCAUCACGGCCCUCCAACGCGUCGCCAAAGACUCAAGCGAAGGGCAAAACUGUCGCGCCGCCACCCUCACUUGUGUCGAGAGCGAGUAUGAUAAUGUCUAAUCUGCGCGGAUUUAUCGAUGGGAUGGCUUCUUCAUUUCAGUCCAACCCCAUGCUCUUGCUACGGACACUCGCCUUCAUCAUGGGCCUGAUCCUCGUCUUUGGCAGGAGAGACAUCAGACAACGGCUGUCACGGCUCUUGGGGAACAGCUGGAAUAAGAUCAAGGCUACGGCCGGCAUGGGGGUCAAGGUCACCUAUAUUUGA